ACCGCUCAUGUGCGGCAGCCGCAAAUAGAAAGGGAGUAAAAGGGAGGCGGGCAGCGUGCAGCGCUUUUGUCGCUGUGAUGUCAGCUUGCUCUAUCUCUCUCGCGCUCUCUCUCUCUCUCUCUCUCUCUCUCUCUCUCUCUCUCUCUCGCACACACACAUGUGCACGAGUCGACCAGAGUUACGCACGGGUUUCGCCAGUGUGUGUGUGUGUGUGUUGUGAUAUACGAGCGAACGCGCUGAGAGGAGACAACAUAGCUAGCGCGUAUAAAUAUAGUACGGCCGUUGUGUAAGAUGUGAUUACAGAAGUGACAUACGGUCGGGCUCAGUUUCAUGUUUUCCGUGCUCGGCUUUGUGGCGGUCCGUUGUCCGACAUCGGCUUAGCGAUUGCGUCUGACUUUGUGCUACUGAGCUGGCUUUGAUGCCGGCGAUGUCGAUUGUAAUCAACCACGCUGAGAUAUUGUCGCUGCCUCAGCCGUAAGCUUCAGCUUUCCUCGCGGUGGCAUUAAUUAUUUUCCACGGCGUUCUGAUAUGCUGUAGCUCCUCUCGUGUUGCCGACGCCGACGUCGUUGCAUUAUAGCCGUUACGCGCUGCCGUAGUUCGGCCGUUCCGAGAAUAGUUCCUGCUGGAUUCCAUCGUCGAUUCCAUCAUCGCGUGAUAGACUAUAGACAAUAAUACGUGGAUACGCGAUAGAAAGGUGAGAUCUCGCUGUAGCGUUCUCACGACGCGUUGGCUUUUGUUUUCGACUCUCUCGUAAACAGCAGACGAGAAAAGAGUUCCAGCUAGGCUCGACCCAGGCUCGGCCCUGGCUGCAAUUAUAACGGAGCUAAGCGAUUGCCUGCGACAGACAAACAUUAUCCGCCGUCGAGAGGGAAUACAAUUCACGGCCAGUGCGUGCAAUCUCGUGCGUAUGUGUGUGUGUAUACAUAUAUAAUAGAAGGAUAUUCAGAAAUAUUUAAUUGUGAGAUCAACGAUUUCAAGCAAUAUAUACGGGAGACUUUUCCCGACACGCAUCCAUCCACGCUGCGACACCGGCGGUCAUAUAGAACGAAGGACAGAGGCUGCGAAAGAGAAGACGGGAAAGAAAGACGAUGCGGUUUAAGUUUGGUCUCGCUUCGUUCUGCGCCGUGACGCUGAUUCUCGUCUGCUCGUCGGUUAACGUGCACGCAGCACGCUUCCGCUACAAAGCCAAGCACCCAGAUGCUGGCUGUGCAGACGGGACGUCGGAGGGACUGGAGCAGCACAAGUACUUGGCGGCAUGUAGCGGUAGCUGGGUAGGGCAUGUGCACAACAGCAGUCACCUCUGCGGUGACGGAUGGAGGGUCUGCAGCUGGUACGACGAGGACACUCUGCGGCGCAUCAGCUGGAGCGAGGCGAUCGCCGUAGAUGGCUGCUACGCCUACAACGCCGCACACGACAACGGUCUCUGCCGCGAGUGCACCAGCCAGCCGGAUCAGAAUAAGUUUCCUCCUAGACGUAUGUCACUAUCUUGCCUGCAAUAUGUAGGUGAUGUGUAUUUUUCAGGUAAUCUCAAGGUGAAAGCUAUUGACAUAUUUGAUGCGGGCGAGUAUGCUUGCGUCGCUAAGAACUCCGAAGGCACGGCUACUGCUUAUACUAGGGUCGAAGUGACAGACCAAGAGCAGACGGGCUGUGCUGAUGGAACCUCCGAGGGCCUAUAUUUUCUGCCUAACAUAUCCGCGUGUACCGGCCAUUGGUCCGGUCAUGUGAAACGUGCCAGACAUCUUUGCUCGAACGGAUGGCGGGUGUGCAGUGCGAACGAUGCUAGGUUGCUCAAGUCCAUAUCAUGGAGCCACGCGAAUGGCAUCGCCGGCUGCUACGGCUACAACGCAGAGAACACGGACGGAAAAUGCUCUAGGUGCCACAGGAGGAACAUGGCGGGCGUCGGCAAACACUGCACGCGCUACCGCAAGCACGGCACGUCGUGCCUCAGCGCCGGACGCAUCGACGUACUGAAGAAAGGAGCGGACUCUGACGGCUCGGGAUGUCUCUUCCAGGCGGGAGUCACCACGGGCGUGCUCUGCUGUCGCCGCGACCCCGAUCAAAACAAGCAACGAAAAGAGUUAAUAUCCAAAGCAAACGAGGCCUCCCUGUGUAAACCAACUUGUCAGAACGGCGGAUCCUGCGUCAAGGGGCAGUGUGUUUGCCCACCUCGAUACAAGGGUGUCUGGUGUCAGAAUGCGAUAUGCUCUCCGCGGUGCAGUGCCAACGCAUUGUGCAUCUCACCCGACAAGUGCAAGUGUCGGCCAGGCUACUUGGGCAAGCAGUGUGAGAUGACGUGUAAGGUUCCUUGCUACAAUGGUGGUCGCUGCCGCAACGGCGAGUGCAUCUGUUCGAAGAGAUACUGGGGAACGUAUUGCCAGCACGUGAAGUCCAGCAAGUCUUACAAGCACAUUAACAAGACGGAAUUUGACAAACUAAGCAACACCGUUGAAUAGUAUUAGGUCACCCGCAGGCGAAAUUCCUCUAUUAUAUCGAUACAUUAAUUCUAUUCGUGUCGUUUACAGAUCACGCGUUAUGUUAUUAGAAUGGCAAUGUUUAUUGGCGUAAGCGCAUGUUUUAUUCUAUUUAAACACUUCAUAGUUUUGUAAAUGUGAUGUGAAAAACUUGAUGGCGGGAGGUAUUAAUUAAAUGCAGGAGUGUUAAAAUUUCUCUCGCUGUAUAAUUAAGUACAUUAUUCGCGGUAUGAUGUCGCUCCGUGUAAGUGUGAAUAGGACUGUGGAAGUAUUAUGAUAUAAUAUCUUAACUUAUUGUAUUACGCAUAAAUGUGAAUAUGUAUAUCAAUCUCUGUGGUUUACCGCUGUUCAGCGCUAUAUAUGUUCACGUACAGAUUAGGAUAGGUAUAUACGCGUGAUGUUUCCGAAUAGCAGCGAAGACUGGGCUGCAGGACUCAGGUAGUUACCCGCAUAACGCCAAUGUCGCAUUUUUCUCGAACAUCAGUCGGUCCGCAUGCAAUCAAGAAUAUGUUAGCGCUAUUACAUACAUUUGUCGGCCGCAUCGCAGUUUUUAAUGGAGUCGACAUUAACUAUUAAGCAGAGCCAUGCCUUUGCAAGAGAAAAAUGUAUAGUAGAUGGCGUAAUUAUGUUAUUAUAGUAGUAUAUCAUAAUGCUGCAUGGAAUUGGGAAUAUAUGUUCGCCUUCAAUACAAACUAGAGUCGCAUUUCAUGUUAAUAGUAGAAACGUUAUGGGAAACACUAUCUGAAAUGUGAGUGCAUUGGCACAAUUUCAACUAAUGAUUAUUAUAACUACCACAAAGAAAAAUUCUGUAGUAGUAUCUGGAGCUGUAGUCACUCUAACUUUCAUUUUGUAAUUCGGUUUAUGAUCGUGACGUAUUAUGACGUAUAAUGAGUAUGGGCGUCGUGUUCUUCCAGCGCCUCACCACUAUGAACGUGUAUGCGUGUCCUGCUAUUGUUAUAUUCACGUACAUGUAAAUAUAGAAUGGUUAUACGGCCAUUAACUCGGUUUAAAAAAAGUCAUCGGUUAUAAUAAUUAGCGCAAGAAAAAGAAUGUCCGUUGUGGAUUUGCGCGUGGCGUGUGAGAUCUAGGCAGGCUACGUUAUUGAUAGUGUUUCCAGAUAUCACUGUUAUUUAGUCAUUUGCACGAAUAAACCUAGCUCGGCUUAUGUAGACCUUCACGUCGCCACGGGGCAGCGGCACAGCAACGGGCAACAUAAACAGAGCUAAAAAAAAAACACUUUGAAUUUCAAGGGAAUAAUGUCUCUAUAUCGUUAGUCGUUCUUUACCGUGUAUCGGUUGUUUUCAGCUAUCGAGCUAUAUAAUAUAUAGUUAACUAAGCGCUGUUCCGUAGUAAUUAGUUAGAGUGCAGCGCUGAGCUGCUCACCACCAGCAUGUAAAUAUUUAAUGUGAAUAAAUCAACGUCGUUCUUAAGUCCGAUCGA